UCCGAGGCCUGGGGCUUCCGUUUCGCCUAUACGGGUUGAGGCUAUUGUUUGUGUAGACGGAGUGUUUGGGCCGGUCUCUGUCCGCCUUCAGAGGCUCUGUAAGUGCCACGGACUCUUGGGAGCACCGAGCCCGGAGCGGACGAGGGCGGGCGAGCUGUGGCCGAAGAAAGAGUGGCAGCAAAGGGAGGGUCAGGGGCCGAGAAGCAGCUCUGGCGUAGAAGUCCCGGAGACAUCAGUUAGGGACCUGUGAUCAGCAAGGCAGGACCAGGGUGACAAAGGCUCAUGCCCCCAUUUUACAGCUCAACCUCCUCAACACUCCACCCUUCUCCAAAAGAGGAGCACAAAGGAGGAAGGAAUGUUCACUAUUUUCCUCAUAGUCUGAUCCCAGAUUUAUUCUUCCUGGAAAGCCUAUUCUUUGACCAGAUGGCAGUAACAUUUGAAGAUAUAACUGUUAUUUUUACUUGGGAGGAAUGGAGAUUCCUGGAUUCUUCUCAAAAAAAGCUCUACAGAGAGGUCAUGUGGGAGAACUACACAAAUGUCCUGUCAGUAGAAAACUGGAAGGAGAGCUACAAACCCCAGGAAGAAAGAUUCAGAUAUUUAGAACAUGAAAAUCUUUCCUGCUGGCAAGGCUGGAGGAAUGCCAACACUCAGAUACAUGAGAAUCAAAACUAUGUGGAAACCGUUCAAGAAAUAGUUUCUGAAGACCUAAAGCAGCAAGACCUUUCCCACUAUCAAGAAUGGUUAAUACUCUGCACACAAGUACCAGGGUAUGGGAACUAUGAAGUGACUUUUGGAGGUAAAAGUCCCAGGAACUUAAAAUAUACAAAGUUUAUACCUUGGCAGUCCUUAGAAACAAAGCACACUCAAGACUAUGGUAGAGAAAUCUAUGUGAGUGAUUCACAUGGUUUUCAAGGAAGCAAAUCCCAUCUUGGCAUAUGCAGGAAUAAUUUCUCCAUGGAAAAAGAACAGAAGCUUAUAGUUCAGCAUUCUUACGUACCAGUUGAAGAAGCCCUUCCAGAGUACAUUGGGGAGAUCUGCCAAAAUGACCUACUGAAAGACUCUAUGGAAGAGAAAUACUGUGGAUGUAAUAAAUGUAAAGAAAUUUAUUAUUGGAAUUCACAGUGUGUUCUCCACAAGAGAAAUCAACUUGCAGAAAAGUUCUAUCAGUGCUCCAUUAGUACAGCAUGCUUCUCUCAGAGAUCAGACCUAUACAGACAUCCAAGAAUCCACAUAGCUAAGAAGCUGUAUGGAUGUGAUGAAGUUGACAGUAACUUUAGUCAGAGUUUAGGUGUUCACUUUUAUCAGAGAGUCCACACAGGAGAGAUUCCUUAUAUAUGUAAUGUGUGUGGUAAGAGCUUCAGUCAGAUCUCUAGUCUUCACAAUCAUCAAAGAGUCCAUACGGAAGAGAAACGCUAUAAAUUUCAGUGUGAUAAGGACCUCCGUAGAAAUUCAUUACUUCACAUUCACCAGAGACUUCACAUAGGAGAAAAGCCUUUUAAGUGCGAUCAGUGUGGUAAGAGUUUUAGUCGGAGUUCAGUACUUCAUGUUCAUCAGAGAGUCCACACAGGAGAGAAACCAUAUAAGUGUGAUGAAUGUGGUAAGGGCUUCAGUCAGAGCUCAAAUCUUCGAAUUCAUCAGUUAGUCCACACAGGAGAGAAGUCCUAUAAAUGUGAUGACUGUGGUAAGGGUUUUACCCAGCGCUCAAAUCUUCAAAUUCAUCAGAGAGUGCAUACCGGAGAGAAGCCUUAUAAGUGUGACGACUGUGGUAAGGACUUUAGUCACAGCUCAGAUCUUCGCAUUCAUCAGAGGGUCCAUACAGGGGAGAAACCCUAUACUUGUCAUGAGUGUGGGAAGGGCUUCAGCAAGAGUUCAAAGCUUCACACUCAUCAAAGAGUACAUACUGGAGAGAAACCCUAUAAAUGUGAACAGUGUGGCAAGGGAUUCAGUCAGCGUUCACAUCUUCUCAUUCAUCAGAGAGUCCAUACAGGAGAAAAACCCUAUAAAUGUGAUGAUUGUGGAAAGGGCUUUAGUCACAGCUCUAAUCUUCACAUUCAUCAGAGGGUUCACACAGGGGAGAAGCCUUAUCAAUGUGCUAAGUGUGGUAAGGGUUUCAGUCAUAGUUCAGCUCUUCGAAUUCAUCAAAGAGUCCACAUAGGAGAGAAACCUCAUAAAUGCCAUGAGUAUUAUAAGAGAUUUGAUCAGAAUUCACAUCUUCACAAUAAUCACAGAAGAGAAACCAUAUAAUUCUGUUCAUUUAGUUAACAGCUUUAAUCAAAGCUUAACCUUAAGCCCAAUAAAUGCUGCUUGGAAGAAAAUUCUGUAAAUAACCCAAGUAAUCCCAAGCAACAUUUAUAGUUUCCCCUAACUCCCAUUAAGAAUCAUUUGCUUCAAGAGGAUCCUUAGGAAGAUUCCUUUAUCUUUAAAAUUAAAGUAUAUUUUCUUCUACUAUAAAUAGUAUACUUGGUCAUUGUAAAAUAUAUUUAAGAAUUCAAGGACAAAAAUCUCCAUCCUGUUUCAUCCUCUUUUUCUGUGCAUUUUCAUGUGCAUGAAAUCAUACUCUGUGUUCAACUUUGUAUUUUCACUGACUUCAAAACACUUACUCACAUUUUGGUUUGAAUUGAAAUUUGCUAGCUAUCUAUGGAACAGCAUCUUGACUCCCCUGUAAAGUCCCUAGGAGGCCACAGAAAAAAAUGAAAACACGCAAAACCUGAAGCUCAAACUGGUAGACAGCCUAUUGCUUAAAUGUGGAAGAAUUAACUAUAGGGCCAGUAGAAUUCAAUUGUUUAUGACAAAAGAUAGGAAAACAUGGUAUGACCCUUUAUCUGAGAUAGAAUAUUUUAGGAAUGCUAUCUCUGUUAACCAGGAAACUCCAGAACCAUCCUUUUGUUGCAGAGGUGCUGCUCUCUGAGGUUACCAUGAUGCACUCUCACCCAUUUCCCCUCCCCAGUUUUCCACAUUUAUUCCUAGGUUCAGACAUCAAGUAACAGGAGAUACAAGAUGUAGUUUCUCUGAGUAAGUUGUGAAAGAUGUAGACAAAAGCUGAUAGAAGUGAAUGCUGGAAACUGAAGAUACUCUAUCAGUUCAGCAUUAGAGAUCCAAGCAGUAGAAUUGGAUUUAAUCUCAGAAGAGUAGAAUGGUAAUAAACAUCUUCUAGAAAUGGAAUUGAACUCAGAACUAUGUGCAAAAAUAAACUCUCAAGCUAAUUUUAUAGGAGAAUUUGGUCAUUAUAUAAACAGUGGACUCAAUGGGGAUACAUAAGUCCUAACUAUUGAUAUAUGAACAUCUAGAUAUCACUUCCCAAGAGAAAAUAAAUUAAGUUGACCUGUUCAGGGAAAUAACAGGGAAUUGCAAUACCAAAGAAAGGAAUAUUAUCUUGUAGACUUAAUCCUAUGGCCUGAAAAUUAGCUAUUUCGGUCUCGUAAAGAAAUUUUCUGAAAAACUGGUGUCCUCAGUAGCAUGACAGAAAACCUGAAAUCAAUAAAAGUAGAGUAGAAAUACAUAAGUAGAGAAGAGCUUUUAAGAUAAAAAGAAAAAUAGAUAUAAUGAAGAAGGAGUACAGGGGAAUUUAAAAUGCAGUAUCAAAGUAAAAGGCAAUAAGAAGCAGAAUUGGCACUGCAGAAUAUCAAACACUGUAAUGAAGAAACUUGAGAUCUUAAAUGUGUAAGAAAAGGAUAAUGAGAUGGAAACAAUGAGAGAAAAGAUGGAUGCGAAGUGCAGAGAAUGGAGAUCCAAUGUAAGAAUUAAAGGUGUUUCUAAGGAAGAUAAAAGAACAUUUGGAAUAGAAUCAGUGAUCAAAGAAAUUAAGAAGUUCUUCUUGAGCUAAAAGUAUAUGCUCGCUAGAUUUUAGGCAAAACCAGUUAAAAACCAUGCUUAGAAACUGCUUAGGAAAAAAAGAACAAUUGAAAGCGUGCAGAAAGAAAAAUUCUGGUCAUCUACAAAACCAAAAAGGGAGGAUGGAUAAAGACCUCUGCCAGCAGUAAAUGUCAAAAGGCAAUGGAACACCACCUUUAGAAUUGUGAGAUUAAAAAAUCUGUUAUCACCUAGAGUUUUUUUCUUUGUUUAUCAACUAAAUUGUCUAAUGUGCAGGUAACAAAUUAGAUAGACAAGGAAACUUAACCAUACACAUUCCUUUUUUCUUAAAGAGAGCUCAACAAUGUGGAAGUCAUGGUAUAAAGGACUGGUGAUGAACACUCAAAUCAGUUAAACAUAAAGUUAAGUCUGGAUAAUUGUUAAUUUGUUUACCAAACUUCAAAAAUUUUAAAUACUUGUGCAGGAAAAUAUUUCAUAUACAAAUGCUGAGUAUAAAAGCAGAUUAUAUAUAAAAGUCUGGGUGGGAGAGUAGGGUUGUCAGAUAAAAUGCAGGACCCCCAGUUAAGUUUCAAUUUCAGAUAUACAGUGAAUAAUUUUUUACUGUAAGUAUGACCUAAAUAUUGCAUGGGACUUGUACUAAGAAAUUGUUUAUAUGAAAUUCAAAUUUAACUAGGCAUCCUGUGUUUUUAAUUGCUAAAUUCAGCAACCCUGUGGUGGAAGGACAGCAAAAGAAAGCGCUACGUUUUUUAUCUUAAAUAGCAGGGACUCAUUACAUUUUCUUCUUUACUUUAACAAUUCAAGAAAUAAAGGUCUAAGAUUUUUUUUUUACAAGGUUAGAAAUUGCAACUAAUAAAACCAAAAAAAUGCACAUACACAUUUCAGGACGGAGGAGAAGAUAAAAGCAAAGAAUAUUAGUCCCUGUUGCAAAAGACAGAAACAAAACAAAACAAGAAAAUGACCUAAAAAAUUAGAGAGCAUGGAUCAAGCUGAGAGAGAAACAAAUUUAUCAAAAUAGGUUAACUCUCCCAUUAAAAAAUUUUGAAAACGCUUGACUGGGUUAAAAUUUUACUUAUGUGCUAUUACAAAUGAAAAUAUUAAAGCAAAAUGAUAUUGAUUUUAUUGAUAUAAAGAAUAGGUGAAGGUUUAUUAGGCAGACAAAGGGGUGCUUACAGUAUGUUUUUAAAAGUUAAUUUAAAAAAUGAACUAAUUAAACCCAUUAAGGUGUGUAAAAAAUACAAAAACCAAUAGUUUCCUAAACUCUUGCAAUAACCAGAAAAUAUAAUGGGUGAAAAACAUAUAGUUUGUAAUACUACUAAAAUUUCUUUAAAAGGAAUAAAUAAAACCAUAGAAUGAAAAUAAUGAAAAGAAAACAUUUGAGGAAAAUAAAAAAGCACUUGAAUGGAGAAGUCAUAUAAUUGUUUUAGAGGGAAUGUUCCUAAAUUAAUUUAUAGAUUUAGCAUUUCAAAUCUCAUGAAAAUCCCAAUGAGAUUUGAAAUGAAAAAAAAAAAAGAUUCUAAAGUCUCUUAAGAUAAAUAGACAUUGGAGAAGAGCAAAGAUAAUUAUAAGAAAGAUAAUGAGAUUGCCUUUACAUAUAAUAAAUAAUAUAGUGAAGUGAAAAUAAUGGAGACUUGAUUGUACAUUUGAAAAAAUGUUCAGAAUACUCAGUCACUGAAUAGCUUAAAAAUAGACCAGUGUAUGGAUUACAUAUGUAUAUAUAACACAUGUAGUACAUAUCCUCAUAUACUUUACUUAUGAUAAACAUCUAUUAAUAGGAGAAGAGUAUUGAGUAAAUGGUGCUGAGAAAAUUAUUUAACUCUGGUGAAAAAUAAAAUUAGGCUUUCAUCCCAUGACCUACAUCAUAUAUAUAUUGAUCUAAUAUAUAAUGAUUAAAGCACAAGUUUUCAAGCUGUGUUCCAUGAACCUACCUAUAUGGUUUCAUGAAAACCCACAAAUUUAACCCCCUUUUUAUCUGAUUCAUAUUCAAGAUUAGCAUUGGAUGUCCUUUUUUUUUUUUAAAGGAAGUUCUACUACUUUAAACAUAAAAUGUUUAAAAUUCACCAAAGUGGGUUUUUGUAUGGUUGAAAACAUGCACACGUGCAUUUUUUGAGAGUUAAAUGAAAUGGAAGAACUCAGAAAAAAUACCUAGGAACUUGACCACAUAAAAUUUUUAAACUGUAGGUUAAGAACAUAUGGAAGUCAGACAACAAUAGGAAAAAUAUUUGCCAUGAUGAUGACACUUAUGAACUUUUAUAAAUUAGUAAGAUGGACACCUAGUAAAAAAAAAAUGGCAAAGGACAUCAAUAGAUUAAAGCAAUGAAAUGCUGCUUUUAUUAACAAAAAUUAUAAUAGCUGUUUUCAGUGAGAGUAUGGAGUGACGGAUACUUAUACAGUAUGUACGUUGAGGGUAAAUUGUUAGACUUUCUGGAAAAGCUAUUUGGCCAAUCAUAAGCCUUAAAAUUCUUGAUACUCUUUCCUACAGUGAUUUCAUAUCUAGGCAUAUAUCCUAUGGAAAAGGAGUUACACACUGUUAGGGAACUUGUAUUUGAAAAGAACAGAGAUCCGUUUAAGUUAUUUCAUAUAAAAAGUAGAGUUAUAUAACAUUGUUUUAAAAUCUCACACACAAAAAAUCUAAGGACAGAAGCUUCAAAAUGGAAACUUGCUCUAGAAAGACAUUAGAAAAUGAGGCUACGCUUUCCAGAACUUAUUUCUGUUUCUCUUUGGGUAUCCUCUCUUCUCUCUACAGGUUGACCUCCUGUUUACUCACUCUAUGUAAUUGCCACCGCAUCCCUGAAUAUAUGUUUUUUCAAUUCUGUUGCACACCAUUGACUUGUAACUUCCUUCUGGGUCUCUGUUCAGAUUUCUGAGUUGGGGAAGAUGAUUGGUUUAACUUAUAAUUACUACCUCUGGACAAACCUUUGAGGCCAGGCCAAACCAUAGACUACUGGUAAGGCUAUGAAUUGGCUAGCUUCGUAUCAGAUGCUCACUUUGGUCUUUUCAGACAUGCCCCAGCAUGGGGUGAUAAGAGAUAUAACUUGAUUGUUAAAGACUGAUAUUCAAAUAGCUUUCCCCAGAAAGUGGUGGGUUUGGGCCAAGCAUUCUGAACUAUGUUAGAAACUCCCAAAGAUAAAUGUCAAGAUAUUUAUUGCAGGAUUGUUUUAUGCUGCCCUCUCCACAAAAAUGGGAAAGGUCAAAUAAAUUAUGAUACAUCUAUAUGAUGUAAUGUAUGCAGUCAUUAAGACAUAUUUUCCAAGAAUAUUUUAAUGCUAAGAGUAUACUAAUGGUGUUAAGUGAAAAGUACAAGAUAUAGAACUGUAUAUGGGGUAAGAUUCUAUAUAUAUUUAUAUGGAUAUUUCCACGGGGAAAAUAUUGGAUAUAUACAAAAAUGUUAUUAGUGGGUCUCUUUGAUAGGAUGGUUUAUGGUUAUCUUUAUGUUCUUCAUGCUUUCCCAUAUUUUUAUAUUUUUAUUAG